UUGACAUUCCAAUUCUAAUCCCAGUCCUCAUGGGUGCACGAUUAUCCUUGUUGGCCCCAUCCGCGCCCACAAUUGCCGUAUCCUCGUACGUCGAUGUUUUAAAUGGUGUCCAGUACAUUGAGGUUGUGAAUAACUCGCGGUUUCUUAAAACAAUUAAAGCCGUUGAUAAAACUUCAGGCUGUUUAAUAAUUAUUAAGAUUCUUAUCAAGCCAGCUGGUAACAGUGCAAUCAACUUACAUGAUGUUGCCGAGUUACUAGCUAAGGAGUCGUCCAUUUUGGCCGCCCCUAUAGCUUCAGUCCUUCCCUGGAGUAGAAUCAUUGAAACCGAUCGGGCUGGUUAUUUGAUCCGUCAACAUUUAAAGACAAACUUAUAUGAUCGUUUGUCACUCCGACCAUUUCUUGAACCAGUGGAGAAGCUUUUCCUAGUCUAUCAGAUGAUCCGGGUGGUUCGUGACAUCCACCAAUUGAAAAUCCAUCAUGGUGAUCUUCGUUUAGAAAAUUUCCUUGUCACCCUGUGGAACUGGCUUAUGUUGACUGACUUUGCCACUUAUGUGAAGCCUACAUUCUUGCCCGAGGAUAAUCCUACAGAAUUCCUGUUCUACUUUGACAGUUCCGGUCGAAGAGUCUGUUACCUUGCCCCAGAACGGUUUUACCCUCUGGUUGCAACUGGCCCCACUCAACAGAAUAAUAUGAGCGAUGACGGUAAAUAUAGUGGCCGAGACGCCCUAACCGAUGAAAUGGACUUAUUUUCCCUUGGAUGUGUGAUAACAGAACUAUAUAUGGAGGGAGAGCCAAUGUUUACAUUGUCACAAUUGUUUAAAUACAUGAGAGGUGAAUAUACACCUGACCUUCUGUCAGUGGGGGAUCCUAAAAUUAAACAAAUUAUUCUUGCAUUAACCUCGCUUGACCCUGAGAAGAGAACAAGUGCAGCAGAACUUUUAGAGCUGGAUGUUUUCCCCUCAUUCUUUGGUGACUUCUUGUACGAUUUUAUGGCUGGUUUGAACAAUAAUGACACUUUCAUGGUACCUAUGGGCAAUGACAAUGUUUGCGCCAGUGACUUGAAGGUGGAUAUGAUAUAUGCAAGGGUAAUAGCUGCUCUGGCGAAGACAGUGGGUCAAUCAACUACAAACACAAGCGCAUAUGUAUUUGAUGGGUCUGUUGAAGCUGCAGGACUGCUUAUACGGCCUCAUAACCCACUGGCUUUGAAAGAAUCUCCUUCUGACCAUUCAAGGCGAAAUAUUGCAAAUGAUGACAUUAAUCUGGAUCGAAAUUUUCAGAAAUCACCCUCUGCCCUUCCACUCAAAUUGAAUCUCCCUGGAGGCCCAACUAAUUACACCAUUUCACCAACUCCAACAAUUACAUCCGCAUCUUAUGAUUACCCAUUGAUCAUUUUAAAUAUUAUAUUUUCUCUCCUCAAAACUAUGAGGCGACCAUCCUCAAAGCUUAAGGCAUGUGAACUUAUUCUUUUACUUUCAGAACGAAUUACCGAUGAAUGUAAAUUGGAUAGAUCGUUGCCAUACUUGUGUUAUAUUCUAGAUGAGUAUAUUGAAGGAACAACAAACGCAAAUAAUUCCAAUUCAAGUACUAUCGGUGCUUUUUCCUCGGAUUCAACUUCCCUGGUUUCCACCACGGUUGCUUGUUAUGCACUCAAGGCCAUAACAACUCUUUUAAUGUCAUGUACACGAAUUACUCCAUUAAACGCACUUCUAUUUCCAGAGUACAUCCUUCCAAAACUUUCAAAUCUUUUGAAUAUUUCUAGCUCAUCAGGUGAAGAGAAAAUUUUGGUUAGAACUACCAUAGCUACAUGCUUGCCUCAAUUGGCAUUUGUUGCAAAGAAAUUCUGGACAAUUUCUAAAACAUUUGACAAUGAACCUUCACAUUUUCUUCAUGAUACCAAUAUUGAUUCAAAUAAUAGCUUUAGUAUUUCUAAAGAGCAAUUGGAUGAAGAUUUUGAAUAUUUGGCACUUGCCCUUUUGGUUGAUUCGAAUCCAUUGGUUAAAAUUAAUUUGGUUGAUAAUAUUCUCCCUCUAUGUGAGUACUUUGGAGUGGAUAAAACAAACGAUUUAAUCUUGCCUCAUCUUAUUACGUAUUUAAAUGAUUCAGAUACUCAAUUGAGACUUUUCUUCUUGGAUAGUCUUGUUGAACUCAGUCCAUUUAUUGGGGUUUUGGCCUUUGAGCAAUACCUAUUGCCACUUCUUAUUCAAACCCUUUGCGAUCAAGAGCUUUUUGUGAUAUUGAAAGUGUUGGAGAUCUUUUGCAAUGUCAUAAAGAACAGGCUUAUCAAUCCAAAUGCCGAAUUCAAUGCAUUGAAUAUGUACAAUGAAAUCCUUACAAAUUGUGUACAUUUGAUAUUACAUCCAAAUGAAUGGGCCAGACAGUCUGUUCUAAAUGUAAUACUUGCCGUUAGCGAUAACUUAACAGAUGCAGAAAGGUACUGUUUUCUUUUCCCGCUCAUCAAAACAUACUUAUCGUAUGACGUUACACAAUUUACUUGGAAUACCCUUUACCCUUGUUUGACAAAGCCACUCACAAAACCUGUAUUUGAGUUGGCGAUCACUUGGAGUAUUCAAUCUACUGGGAAAUCAUUGUUUUGGAAACAAUCAUCAUUCACCAAGUCUGUCAAAGGUAUGGCUCGUUCUGUAUACGCGCCAAACAAGGAAGUCACUUUUACAACCUCUAAUGGUAGAAAUUCUACAGUCCCACUCUCUCCAGAAGAUAAACAAUGGCUUUUCAAAUUAAAAUCGGUAGGGUUGGAACAUAGAGAACUUUGGAAGAUAUUUGUUAUGAGAGAUUUCAUAUAUCGACUUAGUAGAGCCAAGUCAGGUACCAAACUCCUUAAUCAUUUCCCUCUGGUUGAUAUGAUUCCCAGGAACAUUUUCUUUGAGCUAUUUUACAAAUCAGAGCCUAUAGGAAGUAGUACAACGGAAACAAAUGUAUUGACCAAGGAGAGGAGAGAUUCGAAUUCGUUACUUUUACCAAACUUUGGCAAGGUUAAAGCAUCUGUACAAACAGUCCAAGCCAAUGUAUUUGCAGAAUUGGACAAUGAAACACAUCCGCAUAAUCAUAACUCUUAUGGACAGGCGCCUGUACAAGGUCAAGGAAAUAGCCAUGGACAUAAUAAAGUAUUCAGUGUGAACAAUGAAAAGGUGAUCACUGCGAAUAUUCGUCACAGUUACUCUGGUUAUAAUCCAUAUAUGCUUAACUACCUUCAUUCACGGGAAUUCCAACCAUCUAUUGAUUCCUUCUCUGAAUUUGGACCCUUAAUUAAAACAUCACGGAUAGGAUCAACACAACCGGAUUGGAAACCUAAAGGUAUUUGUGUUGCACAAAUAAAUACUAAUGUAGGGAAUGAUAUUGACGGUAUAACUUGUUUGGCCAUGUGUGAUACCAAAGAAUUUUUUGUUACUGGAUCAGAAUCUGGAUUAUUAAGGGUUUGGGAUUGUUGUAAGCUUGAAAAGAAUGUUAUUGUGAAAAAUGCAAACCUUGUAUUGACUAUGGGUGCAAGAAUUACUUCUAUCAAAUUUAUUCCAAGACGUUAUGUAUUUACUGUUACCACUUCUGAUGGGUAUGUUCGACAUUAUCGAGUAGAUAUAGUCCGCGGGAAAUCUAAAAAGAUUAUCAAAUACAACAAAUGUGCUUUGAUACGUGAGUACCAUCUUCCUAUUGCUGAACAAGGGUAUUUCAUUUCAUGUGAGUAUAUGGUUGGUGCAUCUAAAGCACUUCUUGUGGGGAUUACAUCUACUGGGAAGAUAAUUGGACUUGACAUUAUCAAGAUGGAGAAAGUAUUCGAAAUGCAAAACAGUUUGCUUCAUGGAACCCCGACUAGUUUUGUCGUUGAUCGUCAACUUUGUUGGUUGCUUGUGGGUACUAACAAGGGGGUUCUCAGUCUUUGGGACUUGCGAUUCGAGACAUUGGUGAAGUCUUGGGAAAUUUGCACUGACAGUACGGGUGAAGGUUCCGGGCUCCCAAUAAAGCAGCUAGUUAAUGUACCAUCUAAGGAUCCCAAACAACCGUACCAUGUGGCAAUUAUAGGAGGUACUGGCGAAUCCGAUGUCUCUGUAUGGGACAUGACUUCAUUUCAAUGUCGCCAGGUUUUCAGCUCAUACGUGACAAAUCCUCAUGUGAAAACAUACCAACUUAAGGAAAUAGAUAAUCGUCCUGAAUCGACCAUUAGUAAACUUCUCAAGAGUAUUGACAUAGACGAUGAAGCCGAUGAAGGAAAUCAGCAGGUAACAGCUCGUGAUAGUAUGGCAUGCAUACUGGGGGUGAUAUCUGAACGGUACCUUUUGAGUGCAACAUCAGAUAAACGUAUCAUUUACUGGGAUACUCAAGAUCCAGUAUCAUCUGUGACUUUGAAUAAACCAGACGGUCAAGCCGUACAUUUCACUAACCGAGCUACCAAUCGUGGUCUCAAUCUCGUAAAUGAACGGUUUGGAGAAAAUAAGAAUGUACAUGUAGGGCCAAAGUCUACUGCCCAUCAAGAUACAAUAACAGGAUUGGCUACAGGAAAUAUCCCCUAUGAUUUGGUGGUCUCCACUGAUCGGAACGGGAAUAUUCAUUUAUACAUGUAAAUUUACU